ACUUGGGGUACUUCGGGAGGGAAGCGUCGUUUAUUCAAACUUGUGUUCUUAUAUGUUUGUUUUAAAUGUCGGACUGGGAAGAUGAGUACGAUGCGGAUGGUGCGGCGAUUUCAAAGCCGUCACUUGUUCAAACCGUGCCCGUAAAGUCAUCGAGGCCUCCUUCUCCAAGAGGCGCGCGGAGCCGAGAAACCACGAGUGUCGGCGCGAAGUUUGGUGGAGAGGGCAAGCAGUGGACAAACCAGAGAACCCGAGACUUUGAAUCAAAUAUCGGUGAUGGUGCAGUCGGCAAAAACAGCAAUUACAGUCGUUCCAGUUCUGGACCUACAGGAUGCCGUGGUAAUGGAGACAGAUCAGGUUCAUCAGCGGUAACUCUGCAUGUGGAUAACUCUUUGGUGGGAAGAAUAAUAGGUCGAGGUGGUGCUAAAAUUCGUGAGCUUGAAGAGAGCAGUGAAGCAUCGAUAAAGAUAAACCGUGGUGACACUGAAGCUGAGGUGCUUAUCUUUGGAAGCGGUGAUGCUCAGCAAAAAGCCAAAGACAUGAUUGAAGAUCUGGUUCAUGGAAACUCUGUCAGAGGUCCUGGCUGCCGCAAUGGAAAUAGCAAUGCAGGAUAUCAGAAUGACUCAUGCUGGCCAACUUCUGCUGUACGAGCAGUGUCUGCAGCUGCCCCAACUCCUGCACCUAUUGACUGGACUGCGCUUAGAGAAAACCGUGACAAAUAUGAAGCUAUUAAAUGGCAAGAUCUUCCCACUCUAAAGAAGGAUUUCUACAUUGAAGCAAAAUCAGUGGCUGCUCGCAGUGCAGAAGAAGUCCAAAUCUGGAGAAAAGAGAACAACAACAUCUUUGUGGAUGAUUUGAAAGACGAGGAGAAAAGAACAAUUCCCAAUCCAGUGUGCACAUUUGAGGAGGCUUUUGCUCACUAUCCUGGAAUAAUGGAAAACAUUGUCAGAGUGGGAUUUCAAAAGCCAACUCCCAUUCAGUCACAAGCCUGGCCAGUCGUCCUGAAAGGAAUUGAUCUGAUUGGAAUAGCCCAGACAGGAACAGGCAAAACUUUGUCCUACCUGCUUCCUGGCUUUAUUCAUAUGGAUGAGCAACCUGUUCGCAGGGACAGAAGAGAUGGCCCCGGCAUGUUGGUUUUGACUCCCACCCGUGAGCUGGCCCUCCAGAUUGAAGCCGAGUGCAGCAAAUAUAGCUACAAAGGGUUUAAAAGCAUCUGUAUCUAUGGAGGAGGUGACCGAAAGGCCCAGAUUAAAGUAGUGACCAGUGGUGUGGACAUAGUCAUUGCCACACCAGGACGAUUAAACGAUCUGCAGAUGAACGAGCUCAUCAACUUGCGCUCCAUCACCUAUCUGGUACUGGAUGAGGCUGACAGAAUGUUGGAUAUGGGCUUUGAACCUCAAAUCAUGAAAAUCAUUCUGGAUAUUCGACCUGACAGACAAACUUUAAUGACAAGUGCCACCUGGCCAACAGGUGUCAGGCGGCUGGCCAAAUCCUACCUGAAAGACCCCAUGAUGGUUUAUGUGGGCACCUUAGAUCUAGCAGCGGUGAACACUGUUCAGCAGACAGUGCUGUUCGUGCAGGAGGAAGAAAAAAAAGACUAUGUUUUUGACUUCAUCCACAGAAUGGAGCCUAAAGACAAAGUACUGAUAUUUGUUGGGAAAAAAAUAAAAGCCGAUGACCUCUCCAGUGACAUGUGUCUGCAGGGUUUAACGGUUCAGUCUCUGCAUGGAGACCGAGAGCAAUGCGACAGAGAAGAGGCACUGCAGGACUUUAGAGAUGGUCGUGUGCGGAUUCUGGUGGCGACUGACCUGGCCUCCCGGGGGCUAGACGUUCAUGACAUCACACAUGUUUUCAACUAUGACUUCCCUCGGAAUGUGGAGGAGUAUGUGCACCGCAUCGGGAGAACAGGUCGUGCAGGGAGGUCCGGUGCCUCUGUAACCCUGGUAACAAGAGAUGACUGGAGAGUAGCUUCCGAGUUGAUCACCAUCCUGGAGAGGUCUGGUCAGGAUGUACCAGAAGAACUGGUACUGAUGGCUGAACGUUAUGAAAAACACCAAAAGGAGAAAGAAAUGUUUGCGCCCAGAGGCAGAGGAGGAGGUCAGAGAGGUCGUUUCAGAGGAGGCUCAGACCGGAGGUUCUGAUCUCUUGAAAGGUUGAUGUGACUGUACUCACUCGAGUUAAUUCAUAUACUUUUAAAGUGUUAAUCCUCUCAUUUGUAGAGAGGCUUGUGAAGUACUUGUAAUUGACCAUUUAAGUUUUGUUAUGUUUAAGAAACACUGAUACAUUUUAUAUGCAUGAUGUAUUUCUGUAAUGGGAUUUUUUUUCAGUUCAGUAACAUUGUUAUCUACGUUGAUGUGAGGUAAAAUGCCCCUAACUUUAGAUGACGUAAAUUUCUUGUUCAGUUGAAUGUGUAUCAAAUAAAAGCCUGUAAAUCUA